CUUGACACCAAGAGGAAGAAUGUAGAGGACACAUUUCAGCACAUUGCCAAGGUGCUCUUGCACUAACCACCCCAAAUUUUUAGCGGGCACAAAUCAUAUUAAAAGUGCAAUCAUGUUUAACUGCCCCCAAUAGCAUCGUGCACGCAAUUCAUGACAUCUGGAAGGAGCCUUGGAUUCAAAUUCCAGGUGGGAUUUCAUUCUUCGCUGUUCUCCUCUCCUUUUUAAUAACUGAACGAGACACACAAACACACAUAUACACCCUCCCUGCUGCUGAAGCAAAGGCUGGUUUCCAAGAGUAUGAAAAUCAAGCCCAUUAAUAUGUCUGGGCGGGAAGAAAUAAGGACCUCUGAACUAGAAUAACCAACAUAACAGACAGUUCUGGGAACUUCCCAUAAUGGGAGUGACGAGGUGAUCUGCCAUGCUCUCUAUGAAGGCACCCUCAGGCCAGUGGAACAGUGGCAGACUGACUGCCACAGAGAGUCCCCAGAAGUCUCACUCUCUGGUGUUCAGAUCUCCGACUGCGUAAUAGAUCUACUCUGUGAUGAACCAGCUGUUCUGAUAGGGUGGUCCUUGUUUUUUUUGUUACUCACGUACUUCAGGCCUCUUCCUUUUGGCCUCUACCUAAUCAUCUAGCAUUUCCUGGAUUGAGUCAUUUUCCCAGCUGCGUUGACCCAGCAGCCAAAUGAGCGGUCACUGGGACGGACUUGGUGAGAGCAACGACGGGCUUGAAGCAUUCCUUUGCCGCGAUGAGCCCGAAAGCCCUGCUCGUUCUCCUGCUGCUCGCUCUGGUUACCAUUUUUGCCUUGGUGUGCGUGUUGUUGACCAGGAGGGAGACCCUUGUUCACUGUCCUGCAGGGUCUCAGGAUUCCCUGGACGGAAAACACAAUGACCAGAGCCUGGUGUUUGCUGACCUGUCCACAGAAGAGAUGGCCGUGGUGCUGAAGUACCUGCAGUCUCACCUGGGGCUACCCUUGGUAGAUGCAUAUCACGCCAACUCUUCUGAUAAUUGUGUUUACUACUUGGAUGUGGAGGUGCCCUGCAAGGAGCAGGUGCUGAAAUUCCUUGAUCAUGGAGGGCCAAAGCCUGUUCGACGGGCACUGGCUGUGGUGUACUUUGGAAACCAGGCAGAACCAAACAUCACAGAGUACGUGGUGGGCCCGCUCCCGGCGCCAACAUAUCAUCGGGAUGUGACGGCAGAGAAAUAUAGAGGCAAGUUAUCUUACCACGGCCGAACUGUGAUGGGGAACGAAUACGAACAAAUUGGGAAGUUCCUACUGGGAGGGAAGCUGCUUGAGGCUGCCACUUUCUUCGAACAGGUGUUUGGUCACAACGGGAGCGACUUUGCGGCCCUCACCUCAGCCCCUCGGGGGUUCCAGUCUGGAGAUCGCGCCACCUGGUUUACCCUGUUCCAGAACAUCAAGGGCUUCUUCCUGCAUCCGGUGGGGUUUGAGCUGUUGCUAAACCACAGCAGCCUCAACAUCUCUCACUGGAGCGUGCCAAAAGUGUUUUAUAACGGUCAGUAUUAUGAUGGUCUGCAGGAGCUGGAAAAGGAAUUCAAAGCGAAUCGCGUGAAAGUGGCCAAAGUCGAGAGAGUCUCCUCCGACGGGGGGUUUGCUUCGAUCGACCGCAGGGUCCCCUCUCUGGGAUCUGGUCCUUUGCACUACGAGCCCUGCGGACCACGCUAUAGCGUAAGGAACAACCAGGUCAUUUCCCCAUCCUGGAGUUUUGCCUUCAGGAUGGACGUGAACAGAGGACCCAGUGUCUACGACGUCCGAUUUAAGGGCCAAAGGAUUGUCUACCAACUCAGUGUGCAGGACGCCAUGUCUGUCUAUGGUUCCAACUGCCCUGGUGGGAUGUCCACCCGAUAUAUGGAUGUCAAUUUUGCCAUGGGGAGGUAUUCUUAUUCCCUCGUCCGCGGAGUUGAUUGCCCUUACUCUGCCACUUACCUUGACACCGCUUAUUUAAUUGAGACUGUGACUCCAGAGGUGCAGAAGAACUCCAUUUGCGUUUUUGAGCAGAAUGUGGAGGCCCCCUUCCGGCGACACUACUCCAACCUCCAGUCUCUCUAUUACGGGGGGCUGCCCGCCUCUGCGCUGGUCUUUCGUUCUGUAUCUACUAUGGGGAACUAUGACUACGUCUGGGACUUCAUUUUCCAUCCAAACGGUGCUAUUGAAAGCAAAGUCAGAGCCAGUGGGUAUAUAACUUCAUCUUUCCUCUAUGGUGAUGGGCUGGACUAUGGCAACAGAGUGGCAGAGCACACACUUGGAACGAUCCACACUCAUUUCAUCAACUACAAAGUGGACUUGGAUGUGGGAGGUGUUCAGAAUUCCUUGAUAGCCAACGACAUGACUUUUGAAAAAGUGAAGGUCCCUUGGAACCCUGAACAUGAGAUCAACCGGAUGAAACUGGUGAAGAAAGUCUUAGACACGGAAGACAAGGCUGCCUUUCGCUUACACGACGACAUGCCAAGAUACAUCUAUUUUGCAUCCGAAAGCAAGAACAAAUGGGGCCAUAAUCGUGGCUAUCGGAUCCAGCCCAUCAGCUUUUUUGGGGAGCACCUUCCAGAGACUGAUCCAAUGGAGAGAGCUAUCAGCUGGGGCAGGUAUAAGCUGGCUGUCACCAAGCGGAAGGAGGAGGAACCAUAUAGCACCAGCAUCUAUAACCAGAAUGACCCCUGGACACCUUCAGUUGCCUUUGCUGACUUCAUAGACAAUGAGACGAUUGUCAACGAGGACCUGGUUGCCUGGAUUACCACGGGCUUCUUGCACAUACCACACGCGGAGGACGUCCCCAACACAGUGACGCUUGGGAAUGCAGUUGGCUUCCUCCUGAGGCCCUACAACUAUUUUGAUGACGAUCCCUCCAUCUACUCCCCGGAUGGUGUUUUCUUCACCAGCGAACAGGACCCGACUUCCUGUGACAUCAACCACCUUGCAUGCCUGCCGAAAACAGCGGCAUGCUUACCCAACCUCCCGCCUUUCACUUACGAGGGCUUCCAAAACCUGACAAGGCUCUGAGAAGCUCUCGACUUUGGGUGGGAGGUUGGCAGAGGGAUCCGUGUGGACAGCUCGGCGUGAAAUUAGUAUGUAACCAGGGCAGUUCCUCCUAAGCAAUUAUCUCCCUGUCUAUUAUCUUUCAACCCAAAUCUUAAACCUUGCUUGCGUGUAUUGGACAAGUUUGGACAAAUUAUAUUUGCACUCCCAGACACAUUGCUCAACUGAAAUUUACCCUU